AUGUGGCACGAUCGCAUCGUUUAUUAUCGUGAUUUUGCGUACAACCGCCAACGAGCGCGCAUGGCGAACGGCAGCAUCGGCGAUGUACCCGCCGCGACAUUUGCUGAGUAUGUAGAUGACCCUUUCCUAGAGACUCCAGACAGUGCAGACGCUUCAGAGUCGUCCACGAUUGAACAGGAAGAGGAUUUGCGCGAUGCGCCGCCUACCGCGCCGAGUCAAUUGGGGCUGGCGCAAAAGGCAGAGUCUCCUGCACGAUGUCUCGCGCUGCGGCCUGGGUUGGCGCAUCGGCUCUAUUCACACCAUCUGCAUGUGCGCGCAAAAGCUAAGCUGCAACGCGACAGGUUGCUAUCCGGCCCGAUGAUCGACAUCUAUGUUGGCGAGGCCAAGCGCCACUGGUCCCUACACCGCAACCUGCUAUGCCACCAUUCCGAGAUACUCGAGACGGAACUGGAGGGGGAUGGAAAUGGCAGCAGGAGGAAAGAUAAACUCGAACUCUACGAAUACGAUCCAGCCGGUUUUGAGCUACUGGUCAAGUGGCUCUACCAGGGCAAGCUUGACGACGUGUCAGAUAUGGUCGACGCGAAUCAGAAGUAUGAAUACGCCGUAAGCUGCCACAAGCUGUAUCUUCUGUGCGAUCGCUUGGACAUGCCUCAGUUGAAGAACGUUGCCAUGGACCAGUACAGGAAGGGGCUUAAUCAGGCUGAGCUUGUGCCCGAUGCCGACGAGAUUGAUGAAAUCUAUCGCAAGAGUCCAGUAGGGUCGCCCUUUCGCAAGCUGAUGACACGGAUUGCCGCACGGCAGAUCAUGGACCCUGGUAAUGAGCGCGACGUUGAGACGUACCGCCAAUGCUUCGACAAGAGCCCGGACUUCGCAAUCGAACUCGUCAAAGCAAUACGGAGUGAAAGUGGCGGCAUGUUAUUCGACGAUCCUACUGAACUGAAGAACCCAUGCGAUUACCAUGAUCAUGAGGACGGCCCUAAUUGUCAUGUCAAGGGCAAGGGCAGAGUCAAGCAUAGUAAGUUUACAACCCUCUCCAAAACCACAAACGAAUGCUACCCGCAAGACUCCAGCGCCCCUUACCGCCCCAUCAUCAACCAAAUCAACCCACUCCACAAACUCCGCCCUGCCUCCCCACCCUCUCCCCCCGCCUCCAAAAACGCCUCGCCAGCUUCCUCCUCGCCAAGCUCGCCUUCAAGACCGGGCAAGCGUGGGUCCGCUGCGCCGUCGCCUGACCAGUCCGGCGAUCUCAACAGUUGGUACUUCACCGGAAACGGCGAUGGCAAGUCUGCCGCCCAAUCUGGACGCCGCGAAGGACAGGGAGAAGUGGCGGAAGAUGCCGUCGCUGGAGCACAGGAAGAUACUCGAUUCGACGGAGACGCAGUCACACCUAGUCCCAGUGAGAGGAGGGAGACGAUUGAGGAAGAAGAGGGCGAAGAGCAGCAGACGCCGUCGAGAAGAGGACUUUGGGAGUGGGCGAGAAAUGGCUCGGCGAGACUUGAUCUCAUCGGGCGCAUACCGCGUCCUGAAUGGCGAGGCCCGGUCUUCAUACGCAACCGGGACACCGUUGAGACGCAGGACGACUUCAGCGUUCCUUCAAGCACCGCGACGGAGCCCGACAAUGUCACAUCCCCUUCCUUCGCGCAAACCAAACAAUCUUCCGACGACUUGAUUGCAACUGCCUCGAGUACGGGCAGUCCGGCGUGGCAGCAGAAUGUAGAUGGGGCUGGGGAGGCGUGCACGCCAUCAAAAGACAGCGCAAUUUCGACGCCAGAUACGCCGACGCCUCAGCAGCGCAGGAAGGAACAGUCGCCGACGAGUAACGGCGUACAUGCUGCAGACACACCCACCAAAACACCUGCGUCCGCACUCGAUCCCGACGUACAAAAUCGCACUCGCGCCGAAUCUUCUUUCGUCGGCUAG